AUGCUGCUCAGGCAGGACCCGGAAGGCAUGGAAGUCUUUAUGGUGGUACGCCACCAUCAGAUCGAUUUCGCCUCCGGCGCCCUGGUGUUUCCGGGCGGCAAAGCAGAUCCACAGGACUUCGACGAGAACCUGUUGCCCUGGCUGAACGGGCAGGAUGGUGACCAAAAUAUGCGCGCCAUUCAGGUCAGCGCCAUUCGCGAAGCGUUUGAGGAGUGUGGCGUGCUGCUGGCUCGUGAAAAAGGCAGUCAGGAACUGGUCAACGCGGAACUUGUUGCCACCCUGGAUCAAUAUCGGGAGCCGCUGAAUAGUGGCGAGUUGAGCCUGAUUGAAUUUCUGCAAAGCAACCAGUUAAUCCUGGCCUGCGAUACCCUGGUGCACUUUGCGCACUGGAUUACGCCGGAAGGCAUGCCAAAGCGCUUUGAUACCCACUUUUACCUGGCGUUAGCUCCUGAAGAUCAAAUUGCUUUGCACGAUGGUUAUGAAUCUGUUGAUUCUGUCUGGAUCCAACCGCAGGACGCUCUGGAUGAAGCCAAGGCGGGCACCAAAACCAUCAUCUUCCCCACAUUGCGGAACAUUGAACGACUCGCCAACACGCGAACACCAGAGGCAUCUGUUGCCGCUGCUCAGGCGACGCCGGUCAUCCCGAUUCUGCCCUGGACCGAAAAGCGGGAUGAUGGCAUGUAUGUGUGCAUUCCAACAGAUGCAGGCUACGCGGUGUGUGAAGAGAAAAUUCCUGGCCGGCCUUAG